CCCCAGUGGUGCGCGGAGCAAGCUCUCUCGGUACAGUUUGCCCACGGCCGCGUGGUCUGCACUCAGCCUCAUAGUUUGGCAGCCCUCAGCCUGGCAUUGCGUGUGGCAGAUGAGAUGGACCUCAAUGUGGGCCACGAGGUGGGCUAUUGUGUGCCCCACGAGGACUGCUGCGUCCCAGAGACCCUGCUCAGGUUUUGUUUGGACGAAGUCCUGUUGCAAGAGAUGACCUCGGACCCCCUUCUGCGGCAGUACGGGGUGGUGGUGCUGGACGAGGCGCAGGAGCGCACGGUGGCCACGGAGCUGCUUCUGGGGCUGCUAAAGGACGUGCAGCACCAACGCCCAGAGCUGCGCUUGGUGGUGGUCACCGAGCCUCUCCUGGAGGAGCAGCUGUGCCGUUUCUGCCAGGAUGCCCCCGUGGUGCGGGUCCCGGGGCUUGGCCCAGCCCCAUGCUUGACCUACAGAGACCCCCUCCCAGGGGGCCAUCUGCCUGCUGCCUGCCAGGCCGUGCUGGAGCUUCAUCGACAAAAGGAGACUGGCGACGUGAUGAUCUUCGUGGCCAGUGAGCAGGAGAUCCAGGAGUGUUGCGAGGCCCUCCGAGCAGAGGCUGCCAACCUGGAAGCCAGCCUGGGGCCGCUGCUGGUGCUGCCUCUGCACGCGGCUGUGGGGAGGGACAGCCAGAAGCUGUACGAGGACAGCCUGGGCGAUCAGGCACGCCGAGUCAUUGUCACCCACUGGUUGGCAGACGCAGCGUUCUCUGUGGGCAGCGUCAGGCACAUCAUUGAUACGGGGAUGGAGCUGCGCAACGUCUACAGCCCCCAGAUCCGGGCUGCGUCACAGGAGUUGCGCCCCAUCAGCCAGAGGCAGGCAGAGGCUCGACGGCUCAGGGCCGCUGGCUCUCCUCCAGGGACCUGCUUGCGCCUCUAUUCAGAGGCCUGCUAUGAGCAGAGGCUGCCGGCUGUCUCCCACACCCACCUCAUGGAGGCUGACCUCCGCCGCCCCAUCCUGCUGCUCAAGAGGCUGGACAUUGCAGACGUGGGCCAGUGCGACUUUCUCGACAGGCCAGCCCCCGAGUCUCUGAUGCAGGCCCUGGAGGACCUGGACUACUUGGCUGCCCUGGACGAUGACGGGAACCUCUCUGAGGUGGGCAUCAUUAUGUCGGAGUUCCCUUUGGAUCCCCAGCUGGCCAAGGCCCUCCUGGCCUCCUGUGAGUUUGACUGCGUGGAGGAGAUGCUGACUCUGGCCGCCAUGCUGACCGCCUGGCCUUGUUUCCAGACCCCGGCCGCACGCUGGGAGGACGCGGUGGUGGCGCGGCAGCAGGCUCUGCUCCAUCCAGCCGGGGACCACUUCACGCUCAUCAACGUCUUCAACGCCUUCCACCAGCAGAGCGACCCGGAAAGCUGGUGCCGGAAACAUGCGGUCAGCGAGGCAGCCCUGCAGCUGGCCGGAGCAGUGCGGACGGAGCUCUUGGAUGUGAUGCAGCGGAUUGAGCUGCCAGUCUCCCCCCCGGCCUUUGGCAGCGACAGCAACAUCCUGCAGCUGAAGCGAGCCCUCCUCACGGGCUUCUUCCUCAAGGUCGCCCGAGACAUUGACGGCUCAGGCAACUACCUGCUGCUGACCCACAAGCACUUGGCCCAGCUGCCCCCCAGCUGUUGCUACCGACUGCGCCGCCCAUCUCCACGGCCUCCCUCCUGGGUGCUCUACCACGAAUUCACCGUCUCCCAAGACAACUGCCUGAGGAUCGUCUCGGAGAUCCCGCCAGAAUUCGUGGCUGAACUGGCUCCCCAAUACUUCCUGAGCAAUUUGCCACCCAGCGAAAGCCGGGACUUGCUGAUGGAGCUGCGGGGGAAGCUGGCGGAGGACACCCCCCUCCAGGGUCAAGGGGAGGACCCCCAGGCCCCCAAAGCGGCUGAGGAUGCAGCAGAUGCCUGUGUGCUGCAAUGACCCUGGCGGCAGGAGGGAAGAUGGCCGAGUUUGUGGAGGCUUUGGAACUGCCAGGGGCUGCCCGGGUCUCCCCCAGGGCACGACUGAGGCCAUCUGAGUGCCUGCCAGGCUCCUGGGCAGAAGAGAGGGCAGGGGAGCCCCAAACAGGCUGCUUUCCGGACCGGAUCUUAGCUGGGGAGGGAAGGGGGAGGGUGGGCCUGCUUCCACCUGGGCGGAGACAGUCGACUGUGGAUCUGCUGCCUGGCCACGCGAGCUGUUCUGGGCUCUGGUGACCUUUGGGGGCGGGGACUCCUCAGAGGCAUCAAGCAGGUGGACGGCCUUUCUUCACCUUGGCAUCUGCUCUUCAGUUGGGUGUCUUGGCAAGCAGCGGGGCACCCCACAAGUUGCCUGCUUGUGGGAGGUUGUGGUAGGGCCUGGAGACCCUAGACGUCUAUGUCUGCUUAGUAGGAGAAGAAACUGCUAGCUCCCCCCCCCCCAAAUUCUCCAAAGGGAUCCUUUCCCUUUUUCCCAGCAGCAGUUUGUGGAUGGGGGGGGUUAUACUCCCCCCUUCCUUUGUUUCAGCUUCAGCGGGGAUCCCUGCUGAGUAUCCGGAGUGCUUUGUGACUGGUGGGAGGGGCGGGGGUCCUGGGGCUUUUCUGUGUGUGCCUCAAAAGCGUUCGUGUGCCCUCCCCCACUCGGGGAGAGCGGGUAUGUGGGGACGGUAGGGCGAAGGCCAGCAGGCUCUGUGGGGCCUGGCCUCCACUCCCCUGGUGCUCCGGACAAUCCUCCUUGUAGGAAUUAAAUUCUUUUACACAUCCAA